AUGUCCAGAGUGUUCUCUGCCAAUCUUCGCUGCCGGUUGCCCUUCUUACUUUUCCUCUUCCAAGUUGCUCUGCUCCUGGUCUUCAUCCUGUUUGUGACCUAUGAUGAGCACACAAAUGCUGCUGCCCAGUCUUCUGAUGUUGUUCCUGCUGCCAAUCAGCUCUAUGCCAUCUUCUCCCUUUUCCAGGAUAUCCAAUUGAUGCUCUUGGUUGGGCUGGGCUUGCUGCUAGCUUUCAUGAAGGGCUACGGAUUCAGUGCUGUGGCCUACAACUUCCUCUUGACCAACUUCUCCACUCAGUGGUCCCUGAUUGUACAAGGAUUCAUAUAUCAUUGCCACAAUGGGAAGAUUCACCUUGGCCUCUAUAAUAUCCUCACUGCCGAAUUUGCAGCUGUGAGUGUCCUUAUCUCUGCUGGGGCCAUCCUGGGCCGAACAAGCCCCAUCCAGCUUCUUCUCAUGAGCCUUUGUGAAAUUCCCCUGUAUGUGGCCUGUGACUGGGUGACGGUGAGCUACUUUCAGGCUGUGGAUGUAGGAGGAACCAUCACACUCCAUAUCUUUGCUUGCUAUUUUGGGUUGGGUGCCUCCAUUGCACUCUACCGUCCAGGAUUGGAAUUGGGGCAUCCAAAAGAGACUCCUUCUUACAUCUCAGAUCUUCUGUCCCUGGUAGGAACAAUGUUUCUUUGGGCAUUUUGGCCUGGUUUUGUUUCUGUCCUUGCCCAGCCAGGGGACGCCCAGCAUAGGGCUGUGAUACACACGUGGAUUGCUCUCAGUGCCAGCGCCUUGACUUCUUUUGCAACCUCUAGCCUACUGGAGAAGAAGGGCAAGCUGAAUCUGGCCCACUUGCAGAAUGCCACCUUGGCUGGAGGAGUGGCCAUCGGGGCAGUGGCUGACAUGGCCAUUACUCCAUCUGGGGCAUUCAUCCUGGGUAUCAUUUCCUCUUUGGCCUGCAUCCUUGGCUUGAAAUACAUGACCCCAUUCUUGGCCACCAAAGUUCAUAUACAGGACCAGUGUGGCAUUCACAACCUUCAUGGCUUACCAGGACUCAUUGGUACUAUGGGUGGAAUUGCAGCCAUUUUGUUAGUACCUGACAAAGCCUAUGGACACCAGCUUUACCAGGUCUUCCCUCCACGUGCUCCACCACCAGGGAACAUCACCAUGGAGGCAACCUCAAUUGGGGAGAAGCUGGGCAGGAAUGCCUCCCAGCAAGCUCUCUACCAGGUUGUAGGCCUCGGGGUCUCUUUCCUCAUGUCCCUUCUAGGAGGUUACCUCACUGGACUGGUUUUGAAAUUGCCCUUUUUAGCCCAGCCGCCUGACCAACUCUGCUUCGAUGAUGCCCUUUAUUUUCAGAUCCAAGAGCCGAUAGAGACCUUUAACUGUGAUCAGGCUAGUGGGGACUUCCAUUUGCUACUAAAACCUCAUAUUUAA